CAAAUUCCGAGAAUUGAGCUCGUCUGAUUCUUAGAACUGGGGUUCUUAGAAGUGGUGAUGCAAGAAGUUUCUAGGAAAGCGCUACCAGAACUUGACAAAAUGGCUUGCGCAGCAGACAGCUGCAUACAAUUCACACGCCAUGCAAGUGAUGUCCUGCUCAACCUGAAUCGGCUGCGUAGCAGAGAUAUUCUCACAGAUGUCACUAUCUUGGUUAACAGACAGCAGUUUCGUGCACACAAGACCGUUCUCAUGGCUUGCAGUGGGCUGUUUUACACCAUCUUUACUGACUCCCACAAGUGCAACCUUAAUGCGAUCAGUCUGGAUCCGAAGGUGGACCCAGAGGGCUUUGCCAUCCUGCUGGAGUUCAUGUACACCUCCCGUCUCACACUAAAGGAGAGUCUGAUUAUGGCGAUCAUGAACACCGCCAUCUACCUGCAGAUGGACCAUGUUGUGGACACUUGCCACAGAUUCAUCAAGUCCAGUGAUCCGGCUGCCAAGCUGCCCAGAGAUGAGUUUUUGAUCAGUCCCUUGGUUCUACCUCAGGAUGUCCAUGCUUACCGGCCCCACGAUGUGGUCGACAGUUUGCACAGCCGCGUGGCUCCGUUCAGGGAUGGGAGGCCCUACGGUGCAAACAUUUUCAACGGGGUCAGCACCCCCAGCAACUACCCAUUCUACGGGCAGUUUCCCAUGCCAGGAUUCCCUUUCCCUCUCUGCAAGCUAACUGAUGCCAAAAACACUUUUGCUGACCUCUCUAAGAGCGGGAUCCACCACAAGCAUUGUUCUCCGCAUGACAGCACCAACCUCAUCAGGGCAGAAUACAGCAGGGCUGUUGGCACUAGCUCCUCCAGCAUUAUUCACUCCACCACCUACGCUUCCAGGGAGGUAGCAAGAGACGACGAGAUGCGCAAGGAAAGCCACGACGGGGUCAGUCAGUCUAUCGCUCUCGGCACAAGAAAGCGUGCGUUUCCCGUGCUGACCCUGGAGCACCAGAGAGACUCUGGAAAAGAUCACACUCCUCAGGCAGAGGAAGACCUGAUCCAUCAGCACUACCCCCUGGGGAUCUCCUCCGCUGGACGCAAGAGCCUCAUGAGCAGCCCACAGAGCCCCCUCAAAUCAGACUGCCAGCCCAACUCCCCAACAGAGUCCAGCAGUAGCAAGAACGCAGGCCUGUCCCAAGCUGCCGGAGUGCAAGCUCCGCAAGGUACGCAGGACCCCAAAUCUCGCAACUGGAAAAAGUACAAGUUCAUCGUGCUGAAUCAGAGUGCUAAGGAAGACGAGGGGGGGCUGCGGGAUCCCGGGCUUCGUUCCCCUCAGCGCCUCGGCCUGCCGCCCUACCUCCACCCCAGCGACUCGGAGAACCUCGACCCACAAACCACAAGCAAGAGCAGCGAUCCCAGCGAGGACCUGCCCGUGCCCCAGGCUAGUCGUCUCAACAACAUCAUCAACAGUGCACUGGAGGGGUCACUGAGGAACGGAGACAGCCACCCUCCACACUACUUGAGCCGCCUGAACUGCUCGACCUGCGGCACGCCGUCCCCAAAGCACUCCGAAGUGUGUCCCAACACCUCCAGGACCCGUCUGGCAGAGGACAUGGCCGAGCUGCACUCCGAAUACUCCGACUCCAGUUGUGAGAACGGUACAUUCUUCUGUAACGAGUGCGACUCCAAGUUUGCCGAAGACGAAGCGCUGAAACAACACAUGCUCCAAGUGCACAGCGACAAGCCAUACAAGUGUGACCGCUGCCAGGCUGCUUUCCGCUACAAGGGCAACCUCGCAAGCCACAAGACUGUCCACACAGGAGAGAAGCCGUAUCGCUGUAAUAUCUGUGGUGCUCAGUUUAACAGACCAGCUAACCUCAAGACUCACACUCGUAUCCACUCAGGAGAGAAGCCAUACAAAUGUGAGACGUGUGGAGCUCGUUUUGUACAGGUUGCUCAUCUCCGCGCCCAUGUGUUGAUCCACACGGGUGAGAAGCCAUAUCCCUGUGAGAUCUGUGGCACGCGCUUCCGUCACCUGCAGACGCUGAAGAGCCACCUGCGUAUACACACAGGAGAAAAGCCCUACCAUUGUGAGAAAUGCAACUUGCACUUCCGCCACAAGAGUCAGCUACGGCUGCAUCUUCGACAGAAGCACGGCGCCAUCACCAACACAAAGAUCCAGUACCGCAUGUCGACGGCAGACGGGCCCACUGACUUGACAAAGGCAUGCUGAGCUGGGGGAAGGGGACAGUUUUAAUGGAGGCAAUCUUGACCUUGGCAUUUAAAGACCCCAACUUGUACAAUCAUCCAAAAUUGUAGUGCCACACUGUGUUCAUUAGACAAAUAAAUUGGCUGUGUACGCCAUUCUAAACGGGUUUCCACUACAUGUGAACGUAGAGCCACUUAUGGCAUCUUAGUCACUUUAUUGUUUCUAUAUAGAUAUGAAUAUAUAUAUAUGUCGGGAGUGUUUCUAAGCUUUGAAGGUACAUAUAUAUAAAGCUUUAUUUUGUUGAGAAGGAUGGAAUGUAAACUAAUCUGUUUUUUGAAAAUACAGUAUUUUAUAUCAGAGAACUUACUUUUCUGAAAGUAUUGAAAAUUUUGAUCGACGGGUGGUACAUAUAUUUUAAGAUUCUGAGAUUUGCGGCUGUAUAGGGUUGUCUAUACAUUUUUAUGUAGAUGUACGUACAUGUUGCACCAUAUCAAGUUGCCAUAUUCAUGUGACGAGGAAAAAAAAAAGUCCUAAUGUAAUUGGCUUUAGUCUAAAACAUAUCAGAUGACUGCUGCUGUCUGAUGAGGUUAUGCAUGAGGUACUCUAUUACCGUUGCCAGUUGUCAGCGCACAUGAAGUGGACAACGGCAUAAAUAUUGUGAGAUAUUGUGUAAUUAUAUCUGUGGGAUUGCUCUCUGCUGGCAGAGCCAAUCUAAGUGUUGAAAAUGCAUUUCAAGGUACUUCUUUGUUCUGACCAAGAAAAUCUUUUGCUUUAAGUGUAUUUGUAUAGAUGUGACUUUUGUUUUUGUUUAUUGGUUUUCCAUAAGUGAAGUUUACAGUUUUGUCCUUGUUCUAGAUCCUACAGUAAAGUUGUGCAAGUGUCGAUAUUUUUGGUUUGUACAUACACUGUGUAUUCAAUGUGCCUUUCUCUCUAUGGUGUCUGAAUUCCUCUCUAUUCAGCCCAGCUCUAUUAAGGUACAACUCAAGGACAUCACUUGUCCUAUACCCGUGUGUGUGUGUGUGUGUGUGUGUGUGUGAUUGUGUGUGUGUAUAUAUAUUUUAAAUGCUUUUCACCAACCUUAAAACAUGCAAAUUCAUCAUUGUACAUCUUCAGGACUUGUUUUGGGAUUGGGCUUUUUUAACUGCAUUAAAAUUAUUGUACAAUGGUAUAGAUGUAUGAAUGUAAAAUAAAGGUAUUGGAUUUGUA